AUGGCCGAAGUGGUGGUCAACGAUCAAGGAUUUCGUGAAAUAGUUCAGGGUGAACCCUUCUGUUAUGGCAAUCUCGAUGUGGAGAAUGAAGAGGUUCGUUUUCUUGUGUUGCAGCGACAACCAAUGGGUGAUGAACAGGGUGGACAAGACGGUCUGGUCAGCUGUACCAUGGAGACUCAAUUGUUAGGUCACGCCGACCCAUUCAUCGCCGUCCGGAAUGCUCGAGGAUACCGUUUGCUGGAGGAAUUGAUUCUCGUCAAUGGCAAAUGCCUCCUCGUCUCGGUUGCGUUACACAGGUUUCUUCGAUACUUCAAUAGCUCUGGCGACAAACCUAUGAGGCUUUGGAUCCGAUACAUAUGUGUCGACCAGCAAAAUGCGGAUGAGAUGGCUCGCUAUUGGACCCGCGAAUUCCAGGAUAAGAUUUACGAGAAAGCGAAAUUGGUGGUAGACAUGCAACAUUUUCUGCGAGAUUUGAUGGACCAAGGAGUGUUUGAAAGGGUGAUUGAUUCUCGAUAUAGAGAUUGGACCAAGAAGUGGCAUGAUCUACCAGAUCAAUGGCCUUUGCCAAAGGUCUAUCCCAUCAAGCUUGGGAGCAGAGUCUCCAACGACCAGCCGACUCAACCCUACCAAUACGUGCCACUGGAUACCGUGGCUGACGAGACCCGCAUAAUCGUGAUCGACCCGAAUGAGGACAAGCAGGCGCCGUUGGUGCUCCAUCUGGCGCACUGUCCGCUUGCCUCUGACGUGGUCUACCACGCUUUGUCGUACACGUGGGGGAACGUGGACGAUACCGUCGAGAUCACUGUGAUGGGCCAAUUGAUGCAGAUUCGACAGAACCUGGAACGUGCCCUCCGUCGGCUGCGGCCGUCCUCGUCGCCACGUGCAUGCGCUGUCUGGGCAGAUGCUAUAUGCAUCAAUCAAUCUGACAUGAGUGAAAAAAACCAUCAGAUCCCUCGCAUCGCUGCCGUCUAUGAUCAUGCUGCAGUUGUUGUCUGUGACGUAGGCGAAGAGGAUCAGUACAGCGAUAUCGCCCAGGACUUUGUCAAGCACCUCCAGGAACCUAUGAUUCGCAUGGACGAAGACUAUGAGUUCAUAAUCGGCAAGCCAGAGCGGAUCGAUCCUGGCGAAAUUCCUCGACUUUGCGCGGCACUGUACCUCUUCCUGACCCGGCCUUAUUUUCGGAGAGCAUGGGUCGUGCAAGAGGUGGCCUUGGCCUCAAACCCGGUGAUUUCCUGUGGGAUGCGCAGUGGCACCGAAUUCGAAGCACUCGAGACGGCGGCAGCCCAUCUGAGCGACAUGAUAUCGCGGGAUCCAGAUCUUCCUCAGAAAAUGAAAGAUGCGACCCCCGACUUACGAGACGUCGACCGAGCUCAGCUGCUCUACAUUCGCAAGCUCCUUUAUUUUCGCCACCUCCACAUUGGCAGGAACCGCGGUGGAUUUAUUACACACGGCAUCAGAGACACAGCGCCCGGAUACCUUGAAUCUGCAAUCCUUGCCCGAGAUUUUGAAGCUGCCAUCCCACACGACAAGUUGUUCGCCCUGUGGAAUGUCGCGCGCGACAGGACUGGAUUGGACUUCAAGGCAGAUUAUUCACGCGCUUACGAGGAUACCUAUAUGGACUUUACCAAAGCAUGGUGUGCACACAGUGGCAGUCUAGAUAUGAUUGCCGCCUCCGAAUUCACCAAGCCGGUCGAUCAGCACGGAUUCUAUUCGAAGGCACCUUCGUGGUGUCCGGAUUGGAGCACCUCAUCGCUCUCGAGCUCUCUCGUCCGUCGUGAGAGAUUCCGGCCACUUCGCAUGUCCAUGCAGGAUGACAUUGAUGGCAGAGUAUACUGCACCGAUGGCGGUCUCUAUCAAGAGCCUGGGGAAAACAAAUACUUUGAGUUCGACGGCAACACGCUGCACUGCAUGGGCAUCAUUCUGGACAAGGUAGAUGGUGUUGUGGCCAGCCCGAUUGAUGGUGUCCCCGUGGAAGCAGCGAUUCCCGGCCUGGUUGGGUUUUGCAAAGACUUCUUCGCGAAGAACAAUAUCACCUCCUACGACGAUGUUGCGCAAGCCGCGAUAGCAAUGGUGCACGGCGAUUGCGUUGCUUCGUGGCCAAAGACAGAAGACGGUUCCAAGAUGCCUCGGGAUGAAGAUUUCUGGACAGCACCAUAUGCUUGCAUACCCUUCAAGCCAAGGUUAAAUCGCGACCAGGACCCAAAUCGGUCUCGCCACGUCCCCUGGUGGGGAGCCAACUACUCGCGCCUAGAAGCGUGGGACGUUGUCCGCACCAUCAUGCGUGGGAGGAAUCUGUUCAUCUCCGAAAAGGGAUACAUGGGUCUCCUACCAGCCUAUGUCGGCAAAGGCAAGGGUGAGGGUGCUUACGACGGCCACAACGGGCCGCUCCACCUGGCCAUCCUGGCGACAUGUUCCGUCCCGGUCUUGUUGGGCGAGCACCCGGAGAUCGCAGGCGCGUACAGGCUUCUAGGAACGUGUUUUGUGCAAGGGUGGAUGGAAGGGGAGGUCCUCAAGGACCAGAGGGGCUGUGACCAGCCAAGCGAGUUUUGGGACGCAAUGGCCGGCGCAGAAAAACUCAGGAUCGUCUAG